AUGAUUGGGGAGAUGGUAGCCGAAUGUCAGCUGCUUGAGUUUGUACAGUAGUCUGCCUGACACAUUAUUUACACCAGUUAUGGCAGGAGCCCUGGUUUCAUUUGUUUCUGUCCUCCUAUUGCGUUUUUCUCUUCGAAGAACACACCAUGUCGCACCUUAUGACCAAGCCAUAUGAGGAGCAAUAAUUAAUGUGCAUAAUAAAUUAAACUACAUGCACGAACAGCGGACACUGUAGUAAGUUUGAACAAAAGAGACACCAGAGCGGCGAAGUUUCUCUCAUUGGAUGGACCAUGAUGAGUAACUAUUUUUCUUACUGUAACUUUACGACUUCAGCUACAUGAAUGGACCAUCGCAUUGACUUUUCAUUGCCACGAGAAUGUACCGUUAAGGAUGGGGAAACCUGUUGUUUCAUUGUGGGCAUAUGGACAGCAUCCAAGACUUAGUUGUUGGCCCUGAGACGGUAACUCCAUGCCAGAUGUCAACAUCAGCGAUUCCCUGUUGUGAAGAAGAAUGACUUUUGCUCCACAGCUUAACUCUGCGUCGCUCUGUGGAAGAUGAACCACUCCUGUCUCUCCCAGACCAGUGACACCACCAAUGUGACAGCAGAUCCACUGGGGGGCCAUGAGAUAUGGGAGGUGGUGGUGAUUGUACUCAUCACAGGGCCUCUCUCCCUGGUCACUAUCAUAGGUAACCUGCUGGUGGUGAUCUCCUUCCGGGUCAACAGGCAGCUGCGCACCUUCAGCAAUUACUUUCUGCUGAGCUUGGCGGUGGCGGACCUGAUCCUGGGAGCAGUCUCUAUGAACCUCUACGCUGUUUACAUUAUCAUGGGACGCUGGACCCUGGGCAGCCUGGCCUGUGACGUCUGGCUGGCUGUGGAUUAUGUGGCCAGCAACGCCUCCGUUAUGAACCUGCUGGUCAUCAGCUUCGACCGCUUCUACUCCAUCACCAGACCUCUCACCUACCGGGCCAAGCGCACCACACGCCGGGCAGCCGCAGCCAUCGGCCUGGCCUGGGCCGUGUCCUUCAUCCUGUGGGGGCCAGCCAUCCUGUUCUGGCCCCAUGUAGUGGGCAGGGAAGCACAGCACGCGGGGGAAUGCUCUAUCCCGUUCCUGACCGAGCCUGCUCUCACAUUCGGCACGGCCAUCGCUGCCUUCUACCUUCCUGUCACCAUCAUGGGAAUCCUGUACUGGAAGAUCUACUGGGAGAUCGAGAAGCGAGCCCAGGGUCUGGAGGGGCUAAUGGGGUCUGGGAGCAGUGGAGGGGCCUCCCAGGUGUCUGGGCGAAGGGAUGUCUACUCCAGCAGCACCAAGAGCCGUGUGAGCAGCUCCAGAGAGGUGCCUGUGGGCAGGGAGCAGAGCAGUGAGGUGUCCCAGGGCUGCUUCCCUGUGAGAGAGGAGCCUAAACAGAGCAGUGAGAGGAGAAUAGCAACACUGUCAUUGUCUCCCACCAAGGGGGCCUACAGGGAGGGCUGCAGAGACAGCAGCUGUAACAUAGAUGAGGAAGAGCCUACUGUCUCCCUUUCCUCCUCAGAGGAAGAACCAGAGCAGACGCAGCAGGGGGCGAGCGCUAAGACAAGCCCUAAAGCCAUGAUCCCACUCAGAGACGCCCAGGGCAGAAACACCGUAGGGGCCAUCAAACCCCUGACAUCCAGGGCAGAGGACAGUACAGCAGGUCCACAGGGCAGGCAGCCCCCCCUAAGGGGCUCCACAUCAGACUCCAGACGCCACAAGCAGCCCAAAGCCAAGAGGAGGAAGAACACAGUUGUCAGGGAGAAGAAGGCAGCCAGGACCCUGUGUGCCAUCCUGCUGGCUUUCAUCCUGACCUGGACGCCGUACAACAUCAUGGUGCUGGUGUCCGUCUCCUACUGCGUGCCCGAGAAGCUGUGGCAGCUUGGCUACUGGCUCUGCUACAUCAACAGCACCGUCAACCCAGUCUGCUACGCCCUCUGCAACGAGCACUUCAGAGUCACCUUUAAGACGCUGCUGCUCUGCAGGCCGGGACAGAGGAACUGGGGAAUGGCUUAUAACGCCAACCAUGCCUCCUUCAGGACACACAAAACCAGCAGUACUGUCUGAACUUAUUCAAAGCUAUACACUACCCUCUAGCUUAAGAAGAGUCAGACCUGCCCUAGUAAAAGACAAUCCAUGCAAGGGGAUGAUUUUUUGAAGGCGGCAGAGGAAUUGCUUUUUGACUGUUCGGUAAAAAGGAAAAAGUAACAGACAUGCUAAGUAUGAUGGGCAUUGACAUGUAUAACAGUCAAUAGCAGAAAACCUCAAAAAAGAAAGACCUGUGGAGAGUUAAGGUAUUGCCUCAAAGUAGUCUUUCUUAAGAACAUUACAUUGCAUAGAUCUAUGAUAAUCAUGCAGUCUGUUUUUUGCCCAUGACUGUCUUCAAACCUUCCUUCCUCACCCUCCCCUUCAGUUCCUCUCCAUGGAGCUGUUGGUCUGCCCGUUUUGACUUCGGUCCAGAGCCAUGAAAUGGCUUCUGUUUAUGACAUGUUUAUUGAAACAGGGUUAUGAAUUGGUCCAUAUGCCUUAAUGUUAAAUCAUCACCAGGAACUUGCAAUAGAAAAAGGUAAAAAUAUAACAGACACUAAGAUUCCAUCACUGAUACUAUAGUGCUUCAGUGAACCUGAAUGCACACUGUUGCAAUAGAGAAAAGAGGACACGGCACCAAAUACAGCCAGUGACAAAUAUUUUAU